AUGGGCUCGCAAGCAUCCAAAGUAUCCAACACGGCCCCGCCGGCGCAUCCGAGCGCAUCGCCGGACGAGAAGAGCCAGGCACGGGCCGACGCCGCCUCCACGGCGGCCCUGCUCUCGAGACUCCAUGUCUCCCGCCGCACCCUCUCCCACGACGGCCGCCCGCCCGCAUCCGAGAUCUCGCUCGACAGCUUCGCCCGCUGGCAGAACGCCUUCGAGCGCAACGACAAGGCCCGCUUCGCCAGCACCGUCCUCAGCAAACAGAGCCUCGCCGCCGCCCUCCUCAGUCGCCGCGCCCUCGCCGCCGACAAACAGGUCUUCUCUCACACCCUCUCCGUCCAGCCAACCCCCGUCACUAACCAGAAAUCCUCCGGCCGAUGCUGGCUGUUUGCCACCUGCAAUGUGCUCCGAGUUGGCAUUGUGAAGAAGUUCAACUUAGGCGACUUUGAACUCAGUCAAAGCUACCUCUUUUUCUACGACACCCUCGAGAAGGCGAACUACUAUCUCGAGAGCAUGAUCGAUCUGGCCGAGGAGCCGAUCGAUGCGCGGAUCGUCUCCCAUUUAUCGUCGAGUCCCGAAGGAGACGGAGGCCAAUGGGACAUGGUCGUCGGCCUGAUCGAGAAGUACGGGGUGGUGCCCAAGACGGUCUACGACGAGUCCUUCCACUCGUCCAACUCGGGCGGCCUGAAGGACUUCCUGACCUCCAAGCUCCGCGACUUCGCCCUCGAGUUGCGCCAGGUCCACGACGAUGUCCUCGACCAUUCCUUGAACAUCCUGGGCAAGGACCGCGACUCGGCCAAGGCGGACGCCGUCGCGGACGCCCGAGCGGCCAAGGAGAAAAUGAUGGCUCAAGUGUACCAAUGCUUGGCGAUCGCUUUCGGCACCCCGCCCUCGGCCAACUCGUCCUUCACCUGGGAAUACCUCGAUGUGAACGGGAAAGCGAACGCGCUAGUCUCGACGCCGCUCGAUUUCUACCACAACCAUUGCUCGGGGUUCAAGGCGUCCGAAUACAUCAGCUUGAUCAACGAUCCGCGCCACGCCUACGACCAGGCGUACACCGUCAACAGGCUCGGAAACGUGUGGGGCGGCCGGGCCGUGCGAUACGUGAACACGACCAGUGAGAGCCUCAAGGAGUUGGUGAUCAAGAUGAUCAAGGCCGACAAGCCGGUCUGGUUCGGCUGCGAUGUCGGCAAGAUGUCCACCUCCGCCUACGGGAUCAUGGACACCGAGCUCUUCGAUUACGAAAGCGCAUUUGGAGUCGCGCCCCAUCUCUCGAAGUCCGAGCGUUUACAGACCGGAGACAGCGCGAUGACGCAUGCGAUGGUUAUUACGGCUGUGCAUCUAGACGGGGACGGGAAGCCGAUCCGGUUCAAGGUCGAGAACAGCUGGAGCGACACCGCGGGCGACCACGGCUACUUCAUGAUGACCACCAAAUGGUUCGACGAGUUCGUCUACCAGAUCGUCAUCCCCAAGCUCGUCGUGCCCAGCCCGUUGAAGAAAGCCUACGAGGAGUCCACGCCGCUCGUCCUGCCUGCUUGGGAUCCGAUGGGCAGCUUGGCUUGA